GUUUAGCAACGUAGAGCUUUUGGGCUUUGUGAUUAGUUUGGUCUCUAGCAUCUUACGGUGGAACCGUGGAAGGUGCCGCCGUUAGAUCUCGAAUUUCCCCCUCCGGAGGUCGCCGAUCGGAGCCGUCUCUGCGGCGACUGCAAGAGAAUAAGAAGAGCUCGAGCGAGCGAGCGAGCGAGCUAUCAAGGAGUCGUACGAAAUGCAAAAAGCGGCGCAAUCGUGGUUCAGCGGAGGUCCGAGCAACAGCAGCAGCUUCGGCGAUGGACUGGAUAAGAAGCAGCCGUCCUUGCUCGCUGACUGGAAUGCCUACGCCGCAGCUCAAAACGACGCGGACGCCGAUCCCGAUCUCGGUUUCGAUAUCGAAUCCGCCGUCCGUUCCACCAGCGACAAGGUCUCCGGCACUUUCAGCGUGGUAUCAAAGGGAGUAAGGGGUCUGCCGGGAAGUUUCAAGUCAUCUACUAGCAAUGUCCCCUCUGGGAAGUCUUUCAUGUACUUCGGCGUACUUCUUGCCUCUGGAGUGUUCUUCGUCUUUCUAGCAUUCACAAUGUUCCUCCCCGUGAUGGUGUUGGUUCCCCAAAAAUUCGCAAUCUGCUUCACCAUUGGCUGUUCUUUCAUAGUUGCUUCAUUUUUCGCUCUCAGAGGCCCCAAGGAGCAGCUUCUACAUAUGUUCUCCAAGGAGAGGCUUCCCUUGACUUUGGGAUUCAUGGGAACCAUGGUUGGAACAGUCUAUGUAUCCAUGGUGCUUCACAGUUACAUUCUUUCAGUCGUCUUCUCGGUUCUACAGGUUAUUGCGCUAUCAUACUACGUCAUUUCGUACUUCCCCGGAGGAUCUACAGGAAUGAAGUUCAUUUCUUCAACCCUUACUUCUUCUGUAUUGAGAUGUUUUGGAAGGUAAUGCUCCAUUUGCUUUUGCCUUUCUCUGUACAAGGUUUUUGUGGUGUUAACAUUUAACAGAAUGCUGAUAUUGUAAGGAAGCCGACCGUUCUAUGAGCAAUGUGAUAUGAGUUUGUUGUGCUACUUUUCUCUUUCUAUACAUCGCUUUCUUCCCUGAAAACAACUAGCUAUAGGAUGAAACAGACAG